AAUUUUCCCAAACAAGAGUGUUGCGUUGCGUUGUUUAUACACACCCUCACCGCAUUUCUUUAGCUUCUUCUUGGACGUCUGGUCUUUCUACGAAUACUAGUUGUUGUUGAAAAUCAAGAGGAAUACUUGCGUAGAUUCAUAAUCUGAAAAGCAUCCGCCCCAAUUGAACAAGAUGGAAUCUAAUGCAAAUGAAAAUUCCAAACCUAAUGAUGAUCCAAAUGAAGUCAAGAUAGAGGAAAAUGGCAGCAGGGCAUCCUCAUAUAUUUACAGACAAGAUGUUGUAAAGAGCAAAGCUGACGCCAAGACCGGGAUAGUAACCGAAGUUGCAGGCGAUUCUGAAUCAGAUAGCAGCACUGAUGAUGAUGAUGAUGACGAUGAUGAAGACAUUGAUAUGGCGGCAGGGCCCAAUGAGGUAGAUAAUAAAGAUUUACAUGAAAAUGUUACUGAAAAUACAGAUAAUGAUGAUGACGAUGAUGACGACGACGAUGAAAGCACCCCCCUUCCAGCCGACCAUGUUAGAGUGCUUUGGUUGGAUGAAUCAGAGACAACCCAAAGUCUUGAUGAUGUCAUCGUGGUUGACCGUGCUUUUUUGCACGGAGAUUAUGUUGCUGCUGCUUCUAAUGCAACCGGGCAAGUGGGUGUUGUCGUUGAUGUCAAUAUAACUGUUGAUUUAUCUACUAUUGAUGGCAAGUUAAUUAACCAUGUUUCUUCUAAAGAUUUAAAGCGUGUGAGAGAUUUUCAAGUGGGUGAUUAUGUAGUUCUUGGUCCAUGGCUCGGUAGAAUCGAUGAUGUAUUAGAUAAUGUGACGGUUAUGUUUGAUGAUGCUUCUGUUUGUAAAGUUUUGAAAGCUGACCCGUUACGUCUCAAACCAGUUGGGAAGAAUCUUCUAGAAGAUGCACGUUAUCCUUAUUAUCCAGGUCAAAGGGUAAAGGCAAGCUCUUCAUCUGUUUUCAAGAAUUCUAGAUGGCUAUCAGGCCUAUGGAAAGCUUCAAGGUUGGAAGGAACUGUAACAAAUGUUACAGCGGGUUCGGCUUUUGUUUAUUGGAUAGCUUCUGCAGGUUAUGGGCCCGAUUCCUCAAUAACGCCAUCUGAAGAGCAAAACCCUAAAAACUUAAGGUUACUAGCAUGCUUUUCACAUGCAAAUUGGCAACUUGGUGACUGGUGUCUUCUUCCGUCACUCAAACCAUUAUCUACAGUUUCUCAUGGCAAGACUUCGUUAGACAAGUCUGAGAGUGAUUCAGAAGUGGGUCAUGAGGAGACGAAAUCUGACCUUUCUGUUGAACCCAGCAGCAGCUCAUUGGCUGGCUCAAAAGGAUCAGUCCAUGAAACUUGGCCCCUGCACAGGAAAAAGUUUAGGAAAGUUGUUGUGAAGAGGGAUAAAAAGUCACGAAAAAAAGAGGAACAUUUUGAAAAAGCCCUUCAAAUUACUAGUACAAAAACCAGAGUUGAUGUAGCAUGGCAGGAUGGAAAUAUACAACGCGGAUUGGAUUCAAUCUCCUUGAUACCAAUUGAAAACCCUGGAGAUCAUGAAUUUGUGGCUGAACAAUAUGUGGUGGAGAAACCUAGUGAUGGAAAUGAUGAUGAUAGUGGUGACGUUAGUCGCGUGGGAGUUGUUAAAAGUGUUAACGCAAAAGAACGGACAGCUUGUGUGAGAUGGUUAAAGUCAGUUGCUAGAGCAGAAGAUCCUAAGGAAUUUGAUAAGGAGGAAAUUGUGAGUGUUUAUGAGCUUGAAGGCCACCAAGACUAUGAUUACUGUUAUGGGGAUGUAGUUGUUCGUUUGCCAUCAUCGCAUGAAGCUGCUGAUGUGGCAGAGUAUGAGGUCAAAGGAGAUGGUGCCAAGAAUGAAGGUUGUACCAACUUUUCUGACCUCUCUUGGGUUGGAAAUAUCACAGGACUAAGAAAUGGUGAUAUUGAAGUCACUUGGGCUGACGGGAUGGUAUCCAUGGUUGGUCCACAAGCGAUAUAUGUCGUUGGUCGUGAUGACGAUGAUGAUGACUCAGUUGGUGGUGGAAGUGAAGCAAGUGAUGAUGCAGCAAGUUGGGAAACAGUUGAGGAUACUGAAAUGGAUAGCCUUCAGAUGGCACUAGAGAACAUUUUCGUUCAGGAUCUUGGGAUGCAAAAUGCCUCUGCCAUGAGUCUUGAUGGGGAGGAGCAUACGACAGAAAACGUCCAAACAAAUGGUGCACUUUCUAUACCCCUGGCGGCUCUAGGGUUCAUGACAAGAUUGGCCAGUGGAAUUUUUUCUAGGGGUCAAAGAAGUACAGAUGAUUCAAGUGUAAAUUCUGGCGGUGAUAAUGAAGUAUUGCCACAUAAUUUGUCUGAUUCUAGUGCAGUUCAAACACCAAUUUGCGGUAUAAAAGAAGAAGAUGGUGUUGUUGAGGAAUCGGAUGCAACUGCAGAGCUAUUAAGUGAAUCUUCAAGAUCUGAGGUUGGCAGUUCCAGAUUCAAAGGAUUUGAUAUUGUUAAAGAUCCUCUCGAUCAUUAUUAUCUUGGUGCCAAUGCGCAGAAUAAUGCUGGUAGGAGAUGGCUUAAGAAAGUCCAACAAGAUUGGAAUAUCCUUAAAAAGAAUUUGCCGGAUGGAAUCUAUGUUAGAGUUUAUGAGAAUAGAAUGGAUCUUUUGAGGGCUGUAAUAGUGGGAGCAUAUGGAACACCUUAUCAAGAUGGUCUUUUCUUCUUUGAUUUUCAUCUGCCUCCAGAAUACCCUGAUGUUCCACCAUCAGCAUAUUAUCAUUCUGGAGGGUGGAGAAUAAACCCAAACUUAUACGAGGAGGGAAAAGUAUGCCUUAGUCUGUUGAAUACAUGGACAGGAAGGGGUAAUGAAGUUUGGGAUCCAUCAUCAUCAAGCAUUCUUCAAGUCCUCGUCUCCCUCCAGGGGCUUGUACUUAAUUCCAAACCUUAUUUUAAUGAAGCUGGUUAUGACAAACAAGUUGGCACACCCGAAGGAGAGAAGAACUCCUUCUCCUACAAUGAAAAUACUUUCUUACUCAAUUGCAAAACAAUCAUGUAUCUCAUCAGAAGGCCCCCCAAGGACUUUGAAGACCUUGUGAAAGAACAUUUUAGGGAGCGCGGUUAUUACAUCCUCAAGGCUUGUGAUGCUUACAUGAAAGGUUACUUAAUUGGAUCUCUUUCAGAAGAUGCUUCAAUAUGUGAAUCAAGCAUUGCAAAUGCAAAUUCGGUUGGCUUCAAGCUUAUGUUAGCUAAGAUUGUGCCUAAGCUUUUAUUAGCACUUAAUGAAGUUGGAGCUGAUUGUCAAGAGUUCAAGCAUUUACAAGACUCAGCUUAAUCACAAUCCAAAAAAGUUGGACCCUUUUGAAUGCUAUGUACUUGGAAAUGAAUAUUGUACAUUUCGUUUUAUGGUCUAUUCAACACCAAAUUUCCUAAUUCUCACGCUAACCACAACGGAAUUGUGGAAUUUGUUUCCUCUUUCAUUGUUUCCAUUGAUUCUGAAUAGGCCUUGUCGGUUUCUUGUUCAUUUGAAUUCUUUGAUAACUUUCUUCAUUCAAUUUUGUCGACGAAACCACUGUGUAAUAUGCAAAUUUUAUCCAAGCCUUAAAUUCUUUGCUUAA